CAGUUGACGACUAUGAGAAGGAAUGGCAUAUGGCGUGCACGAGCUGGGGAGGCUUUUAAGACACCGCUAAAACAUGAACAAAUUCUUCACUGUAGUUAACCUCCUGUGAGGAAGUUCCCGGAGUCGUCUUGUCUGAAGAGAGGCACGCAUUUUCCCUCCCUGUCAGCUACGAAAACUGUCUCCUUUAAUACAUCUGUCUGAUCUUGUCACUAGUCAGCCAGACCGUUACGCGCUCGUCUUUGUGUGUGUGUGUGUUCGUGUGAGAAGAACAAGUGACAUUCAAAGGCAAGGUCUAAGGAAACCUUUUCAUUCAAGUUGUGACUAAAGAGCCCAUGUACCAAUUUUGAUUCUGAAAAAAAACAAUUUAGCGUUUUGAGAUUGUGAGCCGCGGCCCACCCUCUCUUAAAACACACCCCUCACUUUUUGCCUACGGAGGGAAUUAUUGACUGGAUGUAGCGGCAGUCUGUCGAGACUUCAGGCAACUGAUAGCUUGUCCACAUUAGUUUGGCUAUUCUCCACCGCGAUUGCUAAACAAGCCCCGGCUUGCUGAUGUGAAACAAUUACUUUCUGAGAAUGACGACCAGCGACAGACCAAUUCAUGGAAAAGUAGAUGAACACGCGCAUCCAGCGUUUCGUACACCGAUAAGGAUGGAUUGAAGGAUAGAGCUAACUUCUUCUUCGCGACUCAAAAGAGUUCGUCGCCGACCAAACCAAGGAAAACUUCAAACUGCAAAACUACCCCCCCCCCCCUCGUCAAGCAAACGCGUAUUCAGUCAAAUGCGUCCUGAGUCCGCGAUAAACAAAGAAAAUAGUGACAAAGUACAGUUCGUUUCCAAAGGAGUUUAUUACCGGAGUCGGAAGACAACCGCUGAUACAGACCGGACACCUUUGCAUGCCUCCUCUCUCCACACCUGUAAAGGUUUCCUCUUCCUGUGACAUCAUCACAUCAUGCCUGAGGGGGCGGGCCGUGGCAGCAAGACGAAGCUCAGCAACCAAGCUGCCAAGCGCCCCUCCUCCGUGUCCUCUCUGAGCGGCAUUGUGGGUCGGAUGGCGUCGUCGGAGAGAGCGUCCCGCGGCAGCUGCACGUCCGUCAACACCGUGUGCUCUGACAGCGACCGUGCCGCCAGCCUCAGCUCCUCCGCAAGCUCCGCCUCCCUGCAGGACGGACACUCCUCUUCCUCCUCCUCCUCGCUGCCGUACGGAGCCCUGCCCGCUUACCCCUCCCCGCCCCAGCGCAACGGCUCCGACAUCAGCCUGGACCUCACCCCUCUCACCCAGACCGGGGCCGGAGGGGGCGGAGCCGGGGCCUUAGCGGCGGGACUGGUGGCCACGCCCCCAGCCACGCCCAAACUGUCUCGGCUGGAGAGGGUGGCGCUGGAGAUCGUGGAGACAGAGCAGGCCUACGUCAGAGACCUGAAGAGCAUUGUGGAGGACUACCUGGGCUGUAUCAUAGACUGUGGAGACCUGCCUUUGAAAGCGGAUGAGGUCAGCACCCUCUUCUGCAACAUCGAGGACAUCUACGAGUUCAACAGUGACCUUCUGGAGGACCUGGAGAGAAGCCACCAUGCGGCCGCCAUCGCAGAAUGCUUCGUGGAGAGGUGCUGUCCACCCGGAGCCGUGUCCUGGUAG